UUCCCUUUAUUUUUAGUUCAUAUAUACAUCCCAAAAUUGACUAUUUAUAUAUCUUUCUUUCUUAGGACCUCAGCAAAAUAGUCCUUUUUUUCUUUCUCCCCCUCUCUCAAAGAAAAAGGCCAAAGCCCUUUGGCCUUUUCUCCUCUCUUAGACACUCAUCAAACACCUCAAGAAAACAGUUUGCUCUUCUUUUAUCUUUUCUUCUAUUCUCCUCUCUCAACAUGACAGACAGGGUUUACCCUUCUGCUAAACCUGCCACGAAUGGAGGCACCACUACUACCACCAAUCCCUCUUUUCCAGCCACCAAAGCCCAACUCUACGGUGCCAACCGCCCUGCCUACCGUCCCCAACCCCAACGCCAACGCAGCCGACGCAGCGGCUGGUGUGCCUGUUGUCUCUGGCUAACCGUAAUCAUAUUCACUCUCCUCCUCCUCGCUGCAAUUGCUGGUGCCAUCAUCUACGUUAUCUAUCGUCCCCACCGGCCCACCUUCGCCGUCUCUGGCCUCAAAGUCUCCUCUCUCAACCUCACUUCAUCUUCCCAUCUCACCACCAAUAUCAACUUGAACAUCACCACAAGAAACCCCAACAAGAAGCUCGUCUACAUCUACAACCCUGUCACAAUCUCUGUAACUACAGAUAAAGAUGGGAUCCUUAUAGGCAAUGGAUUGUUACCCUCUUUUGUGCAUGGCACCAAGAACACGACCUUUCUGAAAGCUUCCAUCACGAGCAGUGGUCAACAGCUAGACGAUACCUCUUCUAGCGAAUUAAAGACAGAUUUAAAGAGCAAUAAUGGUUUGGGUUUGAAGAUAGAGUUGGAAACUAAGGUGAAAGUGAAGAUGGGAGGCUUAAAGACACCGAAGGUUGGGAUUAGAGUUUCCUGUGAAGGGAUUAAAGCUACGGUUCCUAGUGGGAAAACGGCAACUACAGCUUCAGUAUCUAAAGCUAAAUGCAAGGUUGAUUUGAGGAUCAAGAUCUGGAAAUGGACUUUCUGAGAUGGAAUUAAUUAUUAAUUCCAAGUGUUUAAUUUAGAAGAGAAAAAGGUGUGAUUUUUUUUUU